UGAAGUUGCAGAGAGUUUAGUAAGAUAACUGACGAGGCCCGGUGAGAGAUCACCAGCGAGCAGAAAGGUUGCCAAUGGCUACUAAUCGGAGCCCCGAAAUCCGGAAAGACGCCGUCCACAACCGGUGGGUGAUAUUUUCUCCGGCCAGGGCCCGCCGGCCGUCGGACUACAAGUCCAAGCACGACCCGAAAACGAAAACCCAGACCGAAUGCCCCUUCUGCGCCGGCCACGAGCACGAGUGCGCGCCAGAGAUAUUCCGGUUCCCGCCCGAAUCUACCUCCGACUGGAAAAUCCGCGUCAUACAGAAUCUCUACCCCGCUCUCAGCCGCCAAUUGGAUCCCCCACUAGAUACCGAAUUCGGCGCCGGUCCGGUCACGGUUCCCGGGUUCGGGUUCCACGAUGUGGUGAUCGAUUCGCCGGCCCACCCGGUUCACCUGACUGAUCUUUCCCCGCCGCAAUUGGCCGACGUUCUGCUCACUUAUAAGAAGAGGAUCGACCAGCUCCGCGCCAUUGAUUCCGUUAAAUAUGUUCAGGUAUUCAAAAACCACGGUGCCUCGGCCGGAGCAUCUAUGAGCCACUCGCACAGUCAAAUUAUGGCACUUCCGAUUAUUCCACCCACCGCUUCUGCAAGAAUCGAUAGUACGAAGGAAUAUUUCGCGCAAACAGGGAAAUGCGGCGUCUGCCAAGUUAGAAAAGACGAUCUGUUAAUUGAUCAGUCGAGCCAUUUUAUAUCCGUCGUACCUUUUGCCGCCACUUAUCCUUUUGAGAUAUGGAUAAUCCCGCGUGAUCACUCUUCUCAUUUUCACGACCUCGAUAAUGAUAAGGCAGUGGAUCUUGGGGGAUUGUUGAAACUUACGCUUGCGAAGAUGUGUUUGCAGUUGAACGAGCCGCCUUACAAUUUAAUGAUUCACAGCGCUCCACUUCGGAUUGACUCGACACAAUUACCUUUCACUCACUGGUUUAUACAGAUAGUUCCUCAACUCACAACCGUAGGUGGGUUCGAGUUAGCAACGGGGUGCUACAUAAACCCCGUUUUACCAGAGGAUGCUGCAAAAGUUUUGAGGGAAGUAAUUAUUCCAAAUUAGAUGAUUAAUUAUUUACGUAAUUUGCAAUAUUUUGUUGAUUUACCGAGUAUUAAUGUUUAUAAGUCCGGUUUGAACCCGAAUUCUGAGAUAAUACAUGAGCCUAGUUUGAACCGACAACUAUAAAACCAAAGCUCAACUCGCAUGGAUCGAC